AGGUGGCGGCGCCCGGGGUCGCCAUGGCUACCGAGCCGGGGGCCUCCGAGUCCGAGGUGCCAUCGCUUGUGGAUCGUUACUUCACUCGCUGGUACAAAGCGGAUGUCAAAGGAAAACCCUGUGAGGACCAUUGUAUACUGCAGCACUCUAACCGAAUAUGUGUCAUUACGUUAGCAGAAUCUCAUCCAGUUCUUCAAAGUGGAAAAACAAUUAAAAGCAUUUCCUAUCAAAUCAGUACCAACUGUAGCAGACUGCAGAACAAGGUCUCUGGGAAAUUUAAACGGGGGGCACAGUUUCUAACAGAACUCGCACCUCUGUGUAAGAUUUACUGCUCAGAUGGGGAAGAAUAUACCGUAUCUAGUUGUGUUAGAGGACGGUUGAUGGAAGUGAAUGAAAAUAUCCUCCAUAGGCCUUCUAUUCUUCAAGAGAAGCCAUCCACUGAAGGUUACAUUGCAGUUGUGUUGCCCAAAUUUGAAGAAAGUAAAAGCAUAACAGAAGGGUUACUGACACAAAAACAAUAUGAAGAAGUUGUGGUAAAACGCAGUAACGCCACAGCUGCCACGUCAUGAGGACUAAGAUGGAAUGAAAAGCAAUGCGGCAUUCGAUCAGCGCACUAAAGAAGUCCCAGCAUAUGGCAGAAGCAUACGUCACUGCCAGCCGUCCGCAAGGAAGCGUGGGGUUCUUUCUCUUGCAUAACAAGCCUGGGUUCUCAUUUUGUCUUUAGCCUCCCAGAUCUGACCUGCAUAGACUCACUCUGCUCUUCUUUUGCUUUUCUCUUCCUCAAAACUGACAAGCAAGGGAUAUUUUUCUGAUUAAAACAAACAAGCAGAGCACUUGGAGGAAAAUUUGGAAAAGACAAAAGUUUUAAGUAGCAAGUAAAAAUAAUUUAUCCAUCAUCCUGUAACUCAUUAGUAAAUACUACAUUUUGACAUACUUCUGUUUCAAUGUUAUGGCAUGAUUGUUUUUGCUCAAACUUCCAUCAGUUUGAUGGUAAAAGAAACAACAGCUGGCCUUUCUUACCCGGUCUGCUUCAGUGUGGCACUAUCAAAAGUCUAGUCCCACCGCUUCUGCCCCAACUCCUUUCUAGGUCAUAGGGGAGAGGCAGUGAGUGGCGUGUACCUUCCCUGGUCCUUAAGCUGCUGGAUGGCCUUCCUCUCUGAAAGCAGAACUCUGACACUGCAGCUUCUUAUGAGGGACAGCAUGAAAAGGCUUUGAAAACUACAAAGGGCUUUCCUAACUUAUGGAAGUAUUAUAAUGCAGUACAAACAGUACAGUCCCUCAGUCUCACACGAGUUACAGGGUAAUGAGCAAAGGAGAAGUUGCUAUAAUUCAGAGACACAGAGGCCUUUGAAUAGAACAAAAGUUUUCACAUUUGAACUGAAAAAACACUGAAUUUAUGGUUUAAGACUGUAUAUUUACACUGAAUUUUAAAUAAAAGACUUUAAAAAUUGUUAUUUUUUUAAGGGCUAUAACACAUGUACAUUUAAAUAUCUGUUUUUAAAUCAAUUGUUUAAUAUGGAAGAAAUCACUUGGCAUGUAAAUUCCUUUAGUUCCCUGUCUUACGACGCAGAAGUCAUGUUAUCCCUUCCCCACUCCCACCUGCAGUUAAAUAAGAGAAUAUUCUCAUUUCAGGUAUGUAAAAGUAUGUUGUAAAUAAAAUUUAAAAAUUA